AGACAAGGCCCCACAGGUCCGGUUGGUCCCCAACUGCCGUGAUUGCAUUAGCCUCGGGGUGAUAGGCACAAAAUACGCAGAGUGUUUUUCGUCGUCAGCUCACUCCGCUCACUCUGAAUGGCCUCUGCCGGAUAGGGCUGAGCCCGAACCCCGCCCAAGGGUGACGUUAGCAGCUUCGGGCUGGGAGCGGUCGAAAUGUGCUGUCGGGGUACACAGUCCAGUCCACAUGUCUCUCCAGUGGCACGAUUCCUUCUCUAGCUGCCUGGCCUGCGACUCUGCUUGGCCUUGGUUCCUGAUAUUUGAGACACAGCCAUCCACCAACACGACUUCCCGUUGUCUUGCACAUUCCAAGGUUCUGCUGAUAUUCUAGUCUUCUACGCUCGUUCAGAUGACGCCAUCCUUCGCUCUCCCAGUAUGGCUUGGGCAUCACACAUCAACUCUUCGUUCCAGGUGGGCAUAAUUAUCCUGUGCGCGGUUCUGGCCCCCGUGGCGCCCGUUCUAGUUGGCCUACGUCUGUGGUCAAAGUCAAUACUCCGCUCGCGUCUUAAAUGGGGCGAUUACCUGGUCAUUGGUUCCUGCGCGACGCUAUUCGGGGUAUGGCUCCCUAUUAUACUUUUAUUCGCGGGUGGAGGCGGGGCCAACUGGGAAUUGAAAGACAGACCCAUAGGCUUCUGGGUAAUGAGAGUUGAGUGUCUCGUCAUCGCCUCGACAUUCUACCUCCUCUCGAGUUACCUGUGCAGAAUAUCUAUCCUCUGCAUCUACUAUGAGCUUCUCCGACAGAUCCCCUGGAUGGGUCAUAUCAUCUUAGCUGUGGGUGCUUGGGUGAUCGUAUGCGGCGUCACGUCCAUGGGGGUCCAGCUUGGUGUUGGAAUACAGGACGUGCUCUUUGUCCUCGCGGACCAAGGCCCGGAUGCUGUAGAGGAAGGGCCGAAGUGGGUAGUAUAUGGUGUCCUCCCUGAUGUUCUGAGCUGCGUCUGCGAUAUUAUCGUUUUCGCUCUCCCAUUGAGAUCACUGUGGAGUCUGCAGAUGCGAAAUCGCAAACGUAAGAUCCGUUUGAUGUUCACUUUUACCGUCGGUUUUAUAGCAUGCGUCUUGUCACUCGUGCGAAUUCUGGCCUGGAAGCUGCCCAGUUUCAUCGGGCAGGCCCCCUCAGACAUCUAUAUUAGAAGCGAUGCAUUCGAAGUGUUGUAUCCCAUAGAAAUCACCUUUGGUAUUCUGGGGGCCUGUCUCCCAAUGCUUCGACCAAUAUUUCACCGAAAGGAGUACCCCAGCAGAUCAAGCGGUAACAGCUAUGCGAUGGGGCCAGUGAGGAAUGCCGGGUCAAGAACUGCACUCACAAGUGACUCUGGCCAUGGCAACAACGAUGGUGUACACAGUAAGAGGCCUUCAGUUGCCCAUGAUGAAGAAACAGCAGCAUGGUGAACUUUAGAAGAGUGAACAGCUGGAAUUUUCCAGACACCUUGAAGGCCAAAAAUAGCAUGAUAUACUGUUAUCACCAUAGCCAUAGCCAUAGCCGAAAGAAUAUAUCAGACGUUUGGUUGCUCAAAA